AUGUGCGGAGGAAGCGAGAGAGAUCUUCACGACCCUCGGCGAAUCGGCGCCCUUGCAGUGGUAUGUGACAGGUCCGGAUUAGAGCAAGACCUCUCUGGCCAGGUCGUGUUCUUCAACAAUCUUGAUUCUAAGAGCACGCUGGCUACGCAUGUGAAGUUCGUGCCGUUUCAUAGCCAGCAGAUCCGCCACGACUUGAAGUUCACCAUAUUCUCCACCGGGGACUUGACAGUGCCCACCGCAGAGUGCAAGCAGAUUGAGACCUUCACCCUCCCAAUGACACUCUCCGAUGCGCUGGAGUCAAGGUUAGCACAGCAGCUGCUACUCGAGGUCGGUGGUGAUGGGGUCAUCGGCAGGCGGAUAGCAAUUACCUUGCAGACAUCCUCGGAGACGGGCGUGGCUGAAGGUAUUGUUGGGUUCAACAGCGGCCCGGUUACCUCUGGCUGCAUGAGCGCAUGA